AUGCACCCCGGGGCCCCCACAGCCUCUGGGGACUCUGAGCCCAGCCCUCGGGAGCUGUGUGCCUUCGUGAGUGGGGCAGCCGCCCACGUGCUACGCGCCCUACACCCUCGGAGGACCCGGCCCCCCAAAAGGAGGCCCAACCACAGGAGGUUUCUGCACAACCAGAUCUGCAGGCAGUUUGCCAACAUUGAGGCUGCCACCCAGCGCCUGGCCCUGUCUAUCCUGUCUCAGAAGGCACCUCCCCAGAGACCGCCACCCCGAAGGCCGCCCCCGCCGCCUCCGUCCCCCUUCCUGGGGGUGGCCUGUGCUGUGGCCCCCACUGAGGAUCCCUGCGCCAGCCCCGGCCCAAGUCUCGCCGCCCUGGAUGCCUCCACCCUCGACCUCUUUGAUGACAUUGCACUCACCCCAGAGUGUCCCUCAGUGCCAUCUGGUCUAUCCCACUGUGCUUGGGGCCAGCCAGACCUGAGGCAGGCCUCACACUUCUAUAACCGCCUGCCCCCUACCCCGAAUGCACUGGAGGAAGUGGACGGCCUCUGGGCUCCUGAGGGGGACUGGGUGGGCAGGUGGGAGGUGCCUUGUGCCUGUCACUCUCAGGGAACCCCUGAGGGCUGGGGGAGCUGCCCCCCAUGA